GAGUCGCGAGCGACCUCACUCUCCUAAUUUACGACCGCCACCGGCGCUUGGGUUCCGUGACGGUGUGCGCUGCGCUCUGAUUGGUCCAUCGGACUCUCAGCGGCGCCUCAAAGGCACGAAGAAGUCACAACUACCGAAGCAGUCGGAGAGGAAGCGCAGACUCACCCAGUUCAUUCCCCGACAGCACACACGGACACACACACACACACACACAUACUGCGAGAAACGAAGAUAUCACAGCACAGACCAUGGCUGCUACACUGCUGGGGGAGGAGCCCCGGAUGGGCAGCACGCCGCUGGCGAUGUUGGCCGCCACCUGCAGCAGAAUCGGUGAGUCCAGCCCCUCGUGCUCCUCUGCACUGUCCGACGGUGUUCCGGGAUACGUGAAGGGCUUUUACCCGUGGAAACGAGGCGCCCCGGGUUCCGGCAACCCCGGCGCUUGCUUCGCCCCUCUCGGGGUUCCCUCCAGGAGUAACGGGACGGCCUUUACAGACACCUCUAGCGCGUUCUCAGUGACCACCGCCAACUCGCCUUUUGGAAAUGACAUUUCGAUGUACCAGACCUCCGUGCCGUCAGAAAACAGUGGUCCCGACCCUUCGCACUCACAGCGGUCUGUGUUCCUCACCAAAUUCCCCUCCUCGGUGGAAAGCAUAGCUGGGAUUUAUCCGAGGAUGCAUCCCUACGACUCGUGGUUCAAGCCGGUGGGGGAUGUCGGCAACGGCUCUGCCGCUUGGUGGGACAUGGGCACCAACUGGGUGGACCCCCAGAGUCCGUCCGGGUUACCCUCCCCUCUGAGCGGCUACAGCUCUGACUACAGCUCCGCCUUCGGCCCCGGGGCCUCUCAGCACCUGCACCCCGCCUCCCAGCACCUGUUUGAUGGCUUCAGGCCACCUGUCCAUGCCUCCUAUACAGAGUCUGCGACGACGACGACGGGGGGCCCUGCGCUGACGGGACCCCCCGCCGUUUCUGUGCCGGCAUCUUCCCGCUCCUCCUCGCGGCGCUACUCCGGCAGAGCCACGUGCGACUGUCCGAACUGCCAGGAGGCGGAGAGCCUCGGCCAGGGGGGCACGAGUCCGCGGCGCAGGGGCUUGCACAGCUGCCACAUCCCGGGAUGCGGUAAGGUCUACGGCAAGACCUCUCACCUGAAGGCCCACCUGCGCUGGCACACCGGGGAGAGGCCGUUCGUCUGCAAUUGGCUCUUCUGCGGGAAACGCUUCACGCGCUCCGACGAGCUCCAGCGGCAUUUACGCACGCACACCGGGGAGAAGCGGUUCGAGUGCGCCAUUUGCCACAAACGGUUCAUGCGCUCCGACCACCUCAACAAGCACGCGAGGACCCACAGUGCGGACGGUUCGGAGGAUGGCGCCGAACCGGGUCUCGGUAAAGGCAGCAGCGACACGGACAAUAGCCUCGCGGGGAGCCCGAGCCACUCUCCCGGGGUGGAGGUGCGUCAGACUCUCCAAACCAGCGAGGCACAGCGGGCGGUGAAAUAAUGCACAAAGCAACACGUGGGCAUUCGAUGAACCUGUAUGAGCCAGUGUGUGUAUUUUUGGACAGUCAAAUAUUGAAAUGGCACUUUAUGAUGAACUUAAACUGUGGAUGAACUUUGUGUUCUUACCUCAUCUUAUUUGUAGCCUUCUUGAAAAAUAAAUUUGUACUCUACGGCUUAUCAGACUUGUGUUAUUUAAAUACAGGGGUUUUUUGUUAAGAAAAGAAGCGUGAGGCCUAUUUGGAUUAUUUCUAAAUCGCGUAGUUCAUUAUUUGUUCGUUCAUUUCAGUCUCAGGUUAUGCUAUAUCGUUUAUGGAUGUUUUUAAUGAUGCUUGGUUAAAAUACUAAAUUGUUGAAGUCAUGAAUAUGAUUUAUAACUAAAUAAAAAAACA